ACAACAGCAAACACAGAUCAUGCAGAGAGAUGUGAGGACGAGAGUAUUUGUUAUCAGUAAAGAUAGACUUCUGUGAGAGUUGUUUACUGCUGCAGGCUCCGGUUUAUUUCCACUUUUCUGUGUUUAAAUGAAGCAGGAGGACAGACUUCUGAUCCAGCAUCACUUGUGCUUCUUUACUUCACACACAGACUGCCAGACUGUAAGUUGAUUUCAGUUCAAUCAUGGUUCACAGCAGAGAGGCUGAAUCCGAGCCUGGACUCUACGGUUUGACCAGAACAGCGUCUUCACUGCUGACUCACUUCAUCUGCUUCAGCUUCACUCUGUUCGUCGCUUUUCUGUCUAAACCCGGAACAAGUUGGUUUUCAUGGCAUCCCUUCUUGAUGACUCUAGCUUUCUCGUUCUUCAUGACAGAAGCCAUACUCCUCUUCUCCCCUCAUGCCUCCCCCAUCAGAAAGCUGCCGCACAAGACCAAAGGUUGUGUUCACUGGGUCCUGCAGUGUCUCUGUGUGUCCUGUGCAGUCCUGGGCCUGGCUGCCAUCUCCUACAACAAACACCUGAACGGUAAACCCCACUUCACCUCGUGGCACGGCCUCCUCGGCCUGUUCACCGUCUGUGUGGCGGCGGCGCAGUCUUUGGCAGCUUUGCCUCUCAUUUACCAUUCUCUAGCCAAAGGCUGGUCCCUCGCCAAACUCAAACGCUACCACGCAGCAUCUGGACUCAUCACCUACCUGCUCGGCAGCUGCAGCCUGCUGCUCGGCCUCUUCUCCGCCUGGUUCACUGCAUCUGUCAGGGAAUACACCUGGUACCUGUCAGCACUCUGCCCCGCUCUCAGCGCCCUCAUCAUAAUGAACCAGGUCUCCAGCGCUUACAUUGCCAAAAAACGGCAACAGUCCUGACAGAGGACAUGAGACGGACACAAAAACUGGUACUUGUGCAAGAUUUCCUGAAGAGAUUUCACUUUUUGAGAGUGAUUUUUAUUUAAGUCUGAUUUUUGCAGCUGCGUGCCUCUCUGAAGCACUGGGUAAUGAAAUUCUUCCUAUCUUGUCUCACACUAGUGGUUCUCAGACUCUUUUUCCAGCAGGCCUUCCUUCACAAGUUUAGAAACAGUUCAUGACCAACACAUACUGCAGCUUCUAUUCAUCAAUCACAGCCACAGGAGAAGCAACUCGUAAGGAUCAGAGUUGAAUUUUAGUGACAUAAAGGUCAGCAUGAUGUCAUCAACAAAGUCUUGUUUGUUUGUUGUUACAUAAAUUAUCCAUCCAUUUCCUCCUACAGUGGCCCUAUGACCCCCAAGGGGCCUCCCGACCCUACUUUGAGAACCACUGUUGCAUACAGGACUGUAGCUGAUAAUUUUUUUAUUAAUUAUUUUUUUUUUAAUUCUGGGAAUUUGAGGGUGGGAUUAAUAACUUUCAGACAAUUAUACAAAUACUCUACAUGGCUCUUGUAAGUGGUAUUUGAUUAUUUUAGCCAUGUUAGCUUUUCUUUUUCACUUAAAAUCAGCAAAUUAAUGACUUUCCCAUCAUCCCGAUUUCUGCAUCAUGCUUAACUGAAAUGAUGAACGUGGAAAACACAACAAUGCAGCCUCAUCAUGAGCAUGUUUGCCUGCUAGGAUGGUAUUUACCAAUUUUUUACACACCGCUGGCCAUAAGACUCAAACUUUUAGACUAUGCUGUUCAAAACAAGUCUGGUUUUAAGCAAACAACAGAUCACUUAAUUAAAUAAAAUGGAAUCAAUGGUUUCAAUAUUCUUCAGUGGGAUCACAAUCUAAGCACUGUUAAGACAGGCUUGAAAGGUAUGAUGAGGUAUAAAGUAAUUCCAAAAGUAUUUUCAUCUGUUUGGUAUUUUGGAUUUAUGACCCCAGCAUUUAGGAAAUCCUGACUGCAGUCCUGAAUAUAUAUUUAACUUAUGUUGAGUUCUUUUCCUAUCUCAGGUCACUGAUUUUCUUGCCUUUUUGGCUUUUGAUGCUGCUUUUAAUGACUGAUUUCACCACAGUUGAAUAAAUCACAUGUCACACUUAA